CCACACGCCAAUCCAUGUCCCUCCACUGCCUACCUUUGCAAAUCGAGGCAAAGCGUGCCCAAAGACCCAUCGUUGGAUUUCCCCAACUCACCUUUUACGAGUGCCGACUUAGUAGCGUUCCAAUUCAACGAACAAACACAGCAGUUAUCAAGACAUAGGCGACCCGCUCCUGAUGGAGCGCAGACACGGUUCGAUGGCGCCGCCUGCGCGGCCUGGCGUUGGAGGGCGGUCUAGCAUUCGGCCCCCGGUACGCAAUACAGCUGCGACAUCGAGGGCCGGAGGCACUCGAGUAUCGCGGCUGGCGCGAGCGGCCUCACCAGCAGAGUCGCUUAUGUCAGUCGCGACCUCGGCCACAGCAGGCGCCAAGCGCAAGGAACGCGACUUUGAUCCCGACGACGGCGGCGAGGCUACGAACAUCAACGUCGUCGUGCGAUGCCGCGGUCGGAACGAGCGGGAAGUCAAGGAGAACAGCGCGGUGGUGGUGAGGACCGAGGCGACCAGAGGCAAGGUGGUAGACCUAUCCAUGGGGCCGAACGCGGUCAGCAACAAAACAUAUACCUUCGAUCAUGUCUUCUCUCAAGCCGCCGACCAGGGCAUGAUCUUUGAGGAUGUGGUGAGGCCUGUUCUGGACGAGAUGCUGUCCGGCUACAACUGCACCAUCUUCGCCUACGGGCAGACGGGCACCGGCAAAACAUAUACCAUGUCAGGCGACUUGACCGAGACGAUGGGAAUGCUGUCCGAUAAUGCCGGCAUCAUUCCCCGGGUGCUCAAGGCUCUCUUCGACAAGCUUGAGCUCGACGAGAAGGAAAAUUCGGUCCGGUGUUCCUUCAUUGAGCUGUACAACGAGGAGCUACGAGAUUUGCUCGCUCCAGACGAAAACGCAAAGCUCAAAAUCUAUGACGAUACAUCACGGAAGGGCCACUCCACUACCAUGGUGCAAGGGAUGGAGGAAAGAUACAUUCAGAAUGCUAGCGACGGUCUCAAAUGGCUCAGAGAAGGCAGCGUGAAACGCCAGGUGGCGGCUACGAAGUGCAACGAUCUGAGCAGCAGGAGCCAUACAGUCUUUACGAUCACGGUCUACACGAAACACAAGACGGAGAACGGGGAGGAUUUUCUCAUGCUGGGCAAGCUGAACCUGGUUGACCUGGCUGGCAGCGAAAACAUCCAGCGCUCAGGGGCGGAGAACAAGCGGGCGGCCGAGGCCGGGUUGAUCAACAAGAGCUUGCUCACCCUCGGGCGUGUCAUCAAUGCCCUGGUCGACCGCAGUGCGCAUAUUCCCUACAGAGAGUCGAAACUUACUCGGUUGCUGCAAGACUCGCUAGGCGGUCGGACAAAGACGUGCAUAAUUGCGACGAUAUCCCCUGCCAAGAGCAAUCUCGAAGAGACCAUCUCGACGCUAGAUUACGCCUUUCGGGCCAAGAACAUCCGCAACAAGCCACAGCUCAAUGCGCUGACCAGCAAGAAGAUGCUAUUGCGGGACUUCACCAUCGAGAUCGAGCGUCUCAAGGCCGAGCUGAUCGCCACGCGGCAACGGAACGGCGUCUACCUGUCGAACGACAUGUACGAGGAAUUGACGGUGCAAAACGAAUCACGCCGCAUCUUGACCGAGGAGCAGGCGGCGAAGAUCGAGACCCUCGAGGCCAACCUCAAGAACAAGGUGCAGGAACUCUUGUCGCUGACGUCGAACUUCAUGGGGCUCAAGAAGGAACACGAGGGGACGCUCGUCCAGUUCGACGAGACCAAGGAGCUUCUGGACCAGACCGAGAUGGUGCUAGCGGCGACCAAGAAGUCCCUUGCCGAGGAAACCCACAUUCGCAGGGCUCAUCAGGCAACAGAACAGAAGCUGGCCGACCUCGGCGAGAACCUGCUCUGUACGCUGGCAAGGACAAUUGGCGACAUCGAUGGCCUCCAUGCAAAGAACCAGCGCAAGUCCGAUCUGCACAAUGUGAACCGGAGUACGUGGACCACAUCGCAAGGCCACGUCGCCGACAUCACCGAGCUUGUUGAGGGCCGCAUCGAGGAGUUCCGCCAGGAUCAAGAGGAGCAUAUCUCCAGCAUCUCACAACGUAUGCAGACGUUUGUGAAGGAGGAGCUGGAAAAGCUCUCGUCCACGCAGGCGUUCCUCGAUGAGAACCUAGCGCGAUUUGGCGAAUCGAGGACGCAGCUGUUGGAACAGCAGGAACGGUCCAAGCAGGACAUGGACACGGUGCUGGAAGAAAUCAAGGUUGUUCGGGACAACGUGAAACAGCGCGUGGGCGAGAGCCUCCAGGCCAUAACUGCGGCCGCCGAGCGGAUUGCCGGCGAUGUGUUGAGCGAGCUGAGCACAUUUCACAAUGAGCUCCACACGUCAUACAACUCACUAGGGAAGGACUUCAAAUCGCUCUUUGAGGAUAUGCUGCGUCACAUCCGCUCCCAGAAGGCCGAGUCUGAUAGGCUCAGACAGGAGCUGGAAGAGGCCAGCAAGGCCAUCAUAGAGUCGAACCAGUCGGUCUCUGCGAGGAUACAAGAGGUGCUCGACGAAGAGCGGGCACAAACAGCAGCAGAGCGGCAAGCGCUGCUCUCGCAAAUAACAAGGCUCAUCAACUCGCAGGCCGAACUGCAAGAGUCCCGCUUAGCGGACAAGGCGGCCAUUAUCCAGGAGGCAAUCCUGGACUCGAACAAGACGUUCGAGGGAACCGUGAUUGAGUAUUCCGCAGGCAUGGACGCUUGGGGGGAGAGAGACAGCAAGCUGUUGGAGGAUGUCGCCGGAUCCAGAGAUGCACUGAAGGCCAGGCUCAAAGACGACUGGACUACCGCAAACAAACACAGCACCUCGAUCCAGACGACAACCAAAUCAGUCCACGCAGAGACAGUGCGAAUCGUGGAGGAGCAGGUGCAGGACCUCGACGUCCAGAUGCAGGACCUCGACAACUUCGUGUCUCGCGCCCAGUCGCAAAACGCCACUCUCCACGACCGGCACGCCGCAUCCGUGCAGAGUCUAAAUGCUACCGUCGAGCAGUCAUUCUCCAAUAUAUCAGGCCAUUUCAAAGAGACAUUCGACCGAGUGCAGACCCUUGGCGAGGAGAUGGAUGCCGAUGCCAAUAAUCUGCAGGAAGCUCUCGCGCCGCUCGACGAAAACAUCUGCCGGCCGCUGGCCGAGCUGAGGGACGACAUCCAGAACACGGACAUGCACGAGUACGAACCCACCGGUGAGACCCCGGAGAAGAUCCAGUACCAGUAUCCCACGCAACUGCCCCGCACCGGCGCCCACGAGAACCUGAUCGCCGCUAUGCGGGACUGUUCGCCAACGCCGAGCAAACCGAGUACCCCCGUCGUCCUGCCAGACAUCAGCUUGACACCAGCCAGGUCGCCGACGCGGCCAAGCAGCUCCGGCAGCCACCACUCCGAGGGCGGCAAGAGCGUGCUAAGCAUGAGCAUGAGCCUGCGCGAGGUCAAUGCCAACAUGACGACGGGCCAGGUGCUGUGCGACCCAUCGCCCCCUGUCUUCUCGCCUCCACCCGCCGCCAAUAACCCGGCGUUGAAGCCGAACACUCGGAGUCGGCUGUCGCGGCUGUCCAAGAAGGUCGUGGGUGUUGUGGCAGAAGGGCCGGAGAACGUGCCGCCGCCGGCACUGCGGAGUUCGACUAGGAGGAAAAGCCCACGGUUGCAUUAAGGCGUCUUUUUCACUGAGUCGCGUUCGCUUUGUUGGAGUUUUUCAUUUGUUCGGACGGACGUGACGAACGGAGUUGAUGUGCUUAUUACUGUUGGGAAGCCAUGGUAUGUUUUGUUUUGGCGGAGGGAGGCAGGCAGUUGUCUAGGAUGUAGGGUUACUGAGCACCGAUACCCAUACGGUUCAGGUUGGAGGUUUUCCUUUUGAUUCAAUGAAGUGUGUAUAGGAAGUCUAUUAUGAUACGACAACUUCAGGCUAUUGUUUAUUGAUUGGGUCACUUUG